AUGGCCUCUGCUCAGAAAGCGACCGUCAGGAAUCUCGCCAGAGACAUCAAGUCAGGUUCACCCAGAGACCGUGAGAAGGCAGUGGAUGAUUUGAACCAUUUGCUGAAGAACAAGGCCUCAAACCUCACCGCUCUUGAAGACAAAGGAUACCAUGAGAUAUUCGAGGCCCUUUUCAGCCUAGUCCUCAGCGAGAAGCCAGUUUACUAUGACAACAGAAAGACGCAAGCGAAACGAAACACCGCCGCAUCGCGCCUCUCCAAGUGUGCAUCCGCCGUGAGAGUGGCUGCAUCACGCGGCGUCUCCAAACUUGGCAGAAAGACGCUGCUCGCCUUCAUAGAUCAUAUCACACAGGUCUUGCCAGGACCAAACGACGACUUCGUAGCUCCUCUACUUCAGGACUACGUCAAGGCUCUCGUCGAGGUACUUCGACGCUCGUCUCACGUCGAGUUGUUGGCGAGAAAGGACGGUGCCCCCUGGAUAAGCUGUGUCGACUUUCUCCUGGAUGUUUGCGUCUACAUCUUACCCAAUGAAUCUCGGUCCAGCGUCCUCGCCCCGAGUCGAGAUUCUCCUGCUCCUGCCACGCCGACUCCAAGGUCCACCGGAAGAUCCAACGGUUCCACUCAAAGUCAGAAACGGGCGAACAAACCCGAGGGCAGGCCCAUUCUCGAUGCCCUUGGAGGACUGCAAUGCCUGGUUGAAGCAGCAAACGCACCGGUUUUGCAGCGGGCAAAAGUUGUCACGGACCUGGUAUUGAGGGUCUUGGGACUGAAGAACCUUAGUCUGGACCCGACGCAGAGCGCCUGCUUUGCCAUAGCAAAUAACAUCUUUGCGGUGGCCCAGGCUGACGACUUUCAAUUCUCGAACUCGCUUGUGAGGAAUCUUCUGCCUCUGAUGAGCUAUUGGUGGAGAGCCGACAAGGUCUCCCAAGAUGAGGCCAUCAAGGCUUUGCGAAACGAGAUUUCCAAAACAAUCUUUUUAACCCAUCUUCACAUCGAGUAUCUUGCCACUCAAGCUUUCGAUGCCACGAUUCAGAAUGACGUGGAGAACUUGGUGGAGCCGCUCUGGCUGGAGUAUGCAAAGCGAGGAGAUGCGUUCCGGUUGCAGCUUCACGAUUUGACCUUCGCUACCUCAUCACUACCGGACGACUCCUUGAGGCUACGGUCUUUUGGUUUGAGACAUCAUAACCCAGAAGGUGAGAGCCACUGGGCGUUGAUUCAGAACAUAGCCCUUUUGGAGGCAGUACUUCUACGGAUCAAACGGAAGCCCGGCGUGGCAGCGACAGACAGACAGGAGCAGCCACACAAGCGACGCAGAACUCAGGAGAAUUCAAGCCGGCUUCGACUGAAGCUCAAAUCUCGAGACGUCAAUGAACAGAGCACAGCCCUCCAGCUGGUUCCCUUCCUAAUCGCCACCAAAGCUCUGCAGACCGAGGAGAUUAGAGACUUGCUCGCGGACCUGGCCGUAUGUGCGUCAAACAAGCACGCUACCACGGCAUCGUGGGCCUUGAUUGCUUGCGCAAGCUGUGCUAUGGUUAUAGAGACACGACAAGGCCUAAUGGACGUUUGGAGACAAGUAUGGUCAAUCGCAGUCAGGUCUGUUAGCCAGCCCGCUAUUACUCGCGCCUCCUGCUUCGCCUUGCAAACCAUGUUAGAAACGACUAUACUCCCGAGACACGCUCUCACAGACGAUCUCAACGGUUUCGUAGUCACAGCCGACAUCAACGGGCCGGCAAUAUUAUGUGACACCUCGAUCUCCCUGAUGUCGUACUUACUCCAGGAACGAAACGUUCGGCUUCCCAAUGCCAGUCAGGCAACCAGUAGUCACAUCAUCAGAUGGGUAUUUCUGAGAUGGAACCCUAGUGAGCCCGGCUAUGCGUCGUUCCAGUCUGUCCACGUACAGCCGCUGGACUUCGUGAGUUUGCUGCGCGGCUGCUGCGGGCUAUCAGCACUCGUCUCCAGUAACCAGCCUGCACUUUCGGGCACAUCCCUCAGCGAGGUGUGGAAAAUGCAGAAAGAAAUCGCACCAUUCAACAGGUAUCUCCUCCUUCUCGAUCAUAAGCUCGAUGAUCAAAAAGGGGGAACUGGUGUCAUUCCGCCAUCAACCCCAAAUAUCCCACCUGCCGACUCAAGCAGCGUUUACGCGUCUCGCAAGCUUAUUCUGGAGCUGUUUUACCCCAAAAUCGAGGAGCUGGCAUCCUUGAGUCACUCGUGGACAAAAAGAGUAGGCGAUGGCGGCGCCCAAAUCUCCCUCGAGCGAUUCCGAAGCCUUUUGUCCGCCUGCGUUAUUGGGGCCAUGCUGCUGCCGCAAGUCAGUGACUUGAACUCCAUGCAGUCGACAAACGUGGAGCUGGCGCUGCUGGAGUUGGCUGAAAAAAGCCUGGCCACUGCCUUGGACUCAGUUGAGCCGCUGUCGUUUAUUGAUCUGGCAUUGCGGCUUCUGCGCCCAUGCAUCCCGGAUCUCACGACAGCUGGCCUCGGACGCCUUCACAGCGAAAACGUCGGCCUCUUACGCUUGAUGACCAAGAUUGCAGCUGGUCUCGAACGACAGCAGCUCGUGCCCGACUUGGACAACCUGGAUGCCAUGGAGUUGGAUGAUGAGUUUGAUUCACAAAGCAGCAGAGCGACAACAGCAUCUCAACCGAUGCCAAUUCCUAGGCACAAUACUCAGGUUUCCAUGAGUUUGAGAGCCUUUUAUGCGGAUACCAGGAGUCGUCUUGCCCUCUUACGGGUUCUUUCCGUUGACAUCAGCCAGGUAGGAACAGUACCAAACACAUGGCUGGACCAGCUUUUGUCGAUGUCCGACGACGAACUUCUCAUGUGCCAGCGACUGCUUAUUGACAUCUGCAAUUCGGACCUGGUAAUGGACCCUGAUAAUGCACUGAGACUUAUUCAGAGACUCGGUGCCAUCAUCGGCGACAAUGAAUACCAAUGCUGCGAAGUGGCUCUCACGUCAUGCAUGGAGGUCAUCAACGGCCUACAUGACGUCUGGCUGAAUGACAAGGGAGACCUGUCCGAUGGCGUAGGCGAUCUUUACAACUACUUUGUCAAGGUCUGCCUUCCAUCGAACUUUUUCUCGCCGAGGGCGCAAAUGUCAAUGGCCCAUCUUCUUUUUACACUUCUUCGCGUCGACCCAUCUUACGGUACUAAUCUCGGCCUCGAUUCAUGCCGUACAUCUCUUCUGUACAUUCUCAGCAAUGGUACCACGAAAGCAAAAUGCUACAUCGCGGACAGGAUCGCCAACAUAUUCGAGCUCUACAUCCUGAUGUUGCAUGACGAGGUUUUCGUGGAUGUACUGGACAGUCUACCGGCUAACCCUGAAGAGAGCUCUGGCAUCGCCUUUAGACUGCUCGUGCUUUCGCGCCUGGCUUGUCGGUGGCCAACUCUGCUGAGAAGGUGCAUUUACCACAUCUUCGAAACUCCUGGGAAAAUAGCGCAGGCGACGGAAUACGCGAGAUGGUGCCUAGCAGAUAUCGCCACGGAGCUGAAGCUGGAGUCACCAAAGAGUCUGUUCAAGCUCUUUUCGCGCCAGCUUCUCUAUACUUGGAUGGAAGGGGAUUCCUUGGCAGAUAUCCCGUACUCGAUAUUCGGAUUCCAAGAGCUUUCGGAAUUGCUGCAGUCCGCGCAAGCUGAGACCAUGGCUCUGGCACUCAUGCGAGGACAGGAUGAGGCCUGCGCAGAUCUUUCCCGUCUCAUCAGCUCGAGCGAAGAGGAAGUCAUACAGCGAAACUUCGCAACGACCCUCUCAUAUGCCAUGAUAUAUGGUGACGCGUUUGGCGAAUCGGAAAAGCCAAAAGGAGAGGACCGCAUCAGGAAAAAGCUCGGGGCCAAGCUAUACGCCGAAGCCAUCUACAUCAAUUUCGCAGACAUUGUCGCUCAGUUCUUUGACCUGAUCGAUCAGGAAGAUUCUCCAGACCGGGUGUUCCGCCGGCAUCCAGAUCUUGCGUAUGCGGCUGACAACCUGGACGCUAUAAGAAAGAUCGCCCAUUCCUCGGCGAACCUGCCACCAAAUCAGCAGCCGAUGUUCCGAGCAAAAUAUGUCAUUCACGACCUCUUCAGACUUUGCCAGAGCACGGAGUUUCAGUUUCACGAUCUUUGGACCCCGGCAUUGGUACUCUCCAUUGCCAGGAAGCUGUUUAGCACUAUUCACCCGGCGCUUGGGUCCCUCCAUGCUUGCUCGGUGCUCCGCAAAGUACGUUUGGUCAUGUGCUUGGCAGGACCGGUGGCCUUGGACUCUUACUGCCUGGAAAUGCUGCUCAAUUCGAUCCGCACCUUCGUCGUCGACUCUGAGUGUGCUGACGACGCGUUGGGGAUGACGCGGUAUCUCCUCGAGGGUGGUGCCCAAUACCUGAAGCAAUCGCCGUCUUUCUUGGCAGGAUAUGCCCUCUCUACGUUGGCAUCUCUCAGGGUGUUCCUUGAGUCGAGUCAAUCAAGCACAACUCAGGAAAGCCAAUUCAAGGCAACUAUGAGCAAAGCGCAGGGCUUCCACGAAUGGUUCAGCAGCUACCUGGCAGAGUAUACAUCCCCUGUGUUCAAGAGCGAAACGCAGGGGACUUCUUUCAGAUCCAUCACUCGGUCGGCGGCACAAAUAAGGUCCUCCGGGAAUGCAGAAAAGGAUACGUUUGAGAGUAGUCUGCUUCUCAACAUCUUGAAGGACAGCACCUCCGAUGACGGGCUUCUGAACGAGCCCUCUCGGCGCCUGGCCUUGGGCUUGCUCUGCAGUGACUUCACCAUUCCACAAUCGGUCUCAAACGACGUAGUGGAAAGUGAUGAGGACGCAAUUAUUCAUGCCAAGGGGGUCUGGAAGAGCUGUGGAGCGCAAGAUCUGAGCCAAAGCUAUCUAGCCUGGGCUGGACGCGUUGUUGGGAGGUCCUUUGCAGCGUCUGGUGCGAUCCCCGAUGACACCCUUCGCGAAUCACGCCUUCUUCAGUAUUCCAGUAUGACCCACGGAUCCAAUGGAUCCGAAGAAGCACUGCUGCGUCUUCUACAGGACCUUGCAUCCGGCCAAGACUCUGUUGUUGCCGGAAUGGCAGAAGCUGCUCUGAGAGGCGCCGUCUCUCAAGCGCUGUUGCAGGAUGACGAGCCUCUCGUUGUGGCAUGCCAACGAAGCUUGAACGAGCCGCUAUUUGUUGCAUCUCAGUGGGGAGGGUAUCGUAUACCGCCUUCCGAGAUGCCAGCAGCAUCGACUAUUGAAGCCCACAACGCAUGGAAGGAAGAGGUGUCAUCGCCGAGCUGGCUCACGCGGCUGAGCGUCCAUCUCGCCGAGUCUGUUCCGGACUCGAUUCUUCUAUCUGUUCUGCCUCCAAUCUUGGCGAAUGUUGAUGGAUUCGCCGAAAGAGCCUUCCCGUUUGUGGUUCACCUAGUCCUGUACUUCCUGUUGGAGCAGCAGCAGACCAUGAAGCGGCAGCUAUCCGCAGCGGUCAAGGGGUGGCUGACGUCCACCGCCCCAUCAGCCAAAGACAAUGUGAAGCUCUUGAUCAACGCUAUACUCUAUCUGAGGACUCAGGAAUACCCAAAAGAGACAUCCAUUGAGGAUCGCCUGCACUGGCUGGAGGUCGACUACAGCGCUGCUGCUGCCGCGGCGUCUCGAUGCGGCAUGUACAAAACGUCCCUGUUGUUUGCCGAGCUUGUUUCUUCCGAUAACACGCGCGCAUCGCGCAGGUCAUCAGCUGCCAGAGAGGCAGACGUCAGCGACACUCUGCUGUCCAUCUUCGAGAACAUUGAUGAUCCCGACACAUACUACGGUCUUCCGGAGGAGGCGAGUUUGGCAAAGGUCCUUGCUCGGGUAGAAUACGAGAAGGAAGGCGCCAAGAGCCUGGCAUUCCGAGGCGCGCUCUAUGACAGCAAUAUUCGACUCCGGCGCCCUGAAGCCGAGAUGGAUGCUCAAGCCCUGGUAGGAGCACUGGGAACUCUAGGGCUUGCUGGCCUUUCCCAUUCGGUGCUGCAGACUCAGCAGAACAAUGGCGCGUCCAACGAAUCUGUCGAGAGCACUUUUGGUACAGCUCGGCAACUGGAACUAUGGAACCUCCCUGCACCCCCUGCCUCAGAACACCACACUAUAGCUGUCUACAAGGCUUUCCAAAGCAUGCAUCAAGCGACUGCACUGUCCGCUGUUCGGUCUGCCGUGUACGACGGCCUCAGCAAGAUCAUGCAAAAGACCACAGAAGCUAGCGUCAACGCCACGACAGUAAGGAACCGACUCACAGCUCUUGCAGCUCUGGUGGAGCUCGAUGAUCUACUGAAUGCAGCCGACGAAAACGAUGUUGAUAAGAACCUUGUCAAGUUUCGCAGUCGCAGCCGGUGGAUGCGGAGUGGGAGAUACGACGACGUCAGUCAGAUACUGUCUUGCAGAGGAACUACGACGAGCAUGUUGAGUCAACGUGCUUCCCUGCUGAACAAUGCUAGGCUCACCACACCAACCUUGCGGCGCUUUCAAGUCGAGUCAAUGCUAUUGGCGUCCGGUGUAUACCGAUACCAUCAGGCAACGCAGGAGUCUCUGAAUGUCUCGACGACACUGACCAAACUAAUACCACUUUGCGAGGACUUGGGGCUGCAUGUGGAUGCAGCCAUCAAGAUUGAGGUGGCAAACUCGCUAUGGGACCACGGGGAGAUGAGCACGUCGAUCCGCAUGCUUCAAGGCAUCGACGCAGACUCAUCUCUUGGCAAACAAAGCAUUUCAGUCAGCAGGUCCGAUCUUCUCUCCAAGAUUGGACACAAGGUCUCGAUUGCCCGACUCGAAAAGCCACGGGACAUUCAGAAGACAUAUCUAGAGCCAGCCCUCAAGGAGCUCAAGCGCGAUGCCACUUCGGACAAGGAGACAGGCGCGGUCUACCAUCAAUUUGCCACGUUCUGCGACGAACAGCUACAGGAUGUAGACGGGAUGGAGGAUCUCAAGAGGCUACAAAACCUCAGAAAGGGCAAGAGCGAAGAGGUUGCUGAACUCAAGGCGCUCAUCUCGUCCACUAAGGAGACGCAGCUGAGGUCAAAAUACUCGCAUGUCCUCAACAAAGAGAAGCAGUGGCUGGAUCUGGACGAGCAGGAGCUCCGCCGCGUCGAACAGACACGGGCUGAGUUUGUACGGCUAAGCUUGGAGAAUUAUCUGCUGUCUCUGUCGACGUCGGACGAGUACAACAACGACGCGCUGCGCUUCACCGCGCUCUGGCUCGAACGAUCCGCGGAAGACGUGACCAACAAGGCCGUCCAGCGUCACCUCUCCUCCGUUCCGACACGAAAGUUUGCCGGCUUGAUGAACCAGCUGACUUCGCGGCUGCAGAACCAGGACACUGCUUUCCAGAAGCUGUUAUUGGACCUGGUGUACAGCAUCUGCGUCGACCACCCCUAUCACGGCAUGUACCAAAUCUGGUCGGGCACAAAGGCGCGGGCCCAGCAAAAGGAUGAAGUGGCAGUCCUUCGCGUCAAGGCCACUGAGAAGGUGGCUCAGAAGCUGGCGGCGACGAAGUGUGUGGCCGAAAUCUGGCUGUCUAUCGAAAAGACCAGCAAAUACUACCACAUGCUUGCCAUGGAUCGAAACCCGGGCAAGUACAAGUCUGGGUCAAAAGUUGCUCUCAAGGACGCGACUGCGGCGCUCAACUUGGUUAAUUGCCUCGCCAAAUACCGGAUACCGCCGCCGACAAUGGACAUUGAGGUGUCAGCGAACAAAGAUUACUCGCGCGUACCGUACAUCUCCAAGCUGGAGCCGACCAUGACGAUCGCUUCCGGUGUGUCAGCGCCGAAGAUCAUUACCGCCGUGGGCAGCGACGGCAAGAAGUAUAAACAGCUGGUCAAGGGUGGGCACGACGACCUUCGCCAGGACGCAAUCAUGGAGCAGGUUUUUGCCGCAGUAUCGUCACUGCUGAAGCUGCACAGGAGCACCCAACAAAGGAAUCUGGGCAUCAGGACGUACAAGGUGUUGCCCCUGACGGCCACAUCGGGCUUGAUUGAGUUCGUGCCGAACACGAUUCCGCUGCACGAGUUCCUCAUGCCCGCGCACGAGAGAUACUACCCCAAGGACCUCAAGGGCUCGCAAUGCAGGAAGGAAAUCUUCAACGUGCAGAGCCGGACGGUGGAGACGCGAAUCAGCACGUAUCGCAAGGUAACAGACAGGUUCCAUCCCGUGAUGCGGUACUUUUUCAUGGAGAACUUUACGGACCCAGAUGACUGGUUCACCAAGCGUCUGGCUUACACGAGAAGCACGGCGGCCAUUUCCAUGCUCGGACACGUGCUCGGGUUGGGGGAUCGGCACGGCCACAAUAUUCUGCUUGACACGAAGACGGGCGAGGCGGUGCACAUUGAUCUGGGAGUGGCGUUUGAGGCGGGCAGGAUCCUCCCGGUGCCCGAGCUUGUGCCGUUUCGCCUGACGCGAGACAUUAUUGACGGCAUGGGCAUCACCAGGACGGAGGGCGUGUUUCGGCGGUGCUGCGAGUUCACGCUAGAUGCGCUGCGCGAGGAGCAGUACUCUAUCAUGACCAUCCUGGACGUGUUACGGUACGAUCCUCUGUACACGUGGACCGUCUCCCCGCUCAGGCUGGCCAAGCUGCAAAAGGCAAGGCAGGACGACGACACGGGGGCGGAAGAACCAGACCACAGCGAGGCGGACGCCAAGAGAGGCAAGAGGGCGGGGCACUUCAACGAGCCGUCCGAGGCAGACCGAGCGCUGGAGGUGGUGAGGAAGAAGCUGUCCAAGACGCUGAGCGUGACGGCGACUGUGAACGACCUGAUCAACCAGGCGACGGACGACCGGAAUUUGGCGGUUUUGUAUUCCGGAUGGGCUGCGUAUGCUUGA